AUGACCAACGGCCCUGAAGGAUUGCCUCCGCUCCCUCCUCCAGAUCCUGUGGAGCGCCCGCCCAGCCCGCCUCCGCCUCCUCCAGAAGAAUUGGCCGCUCCUCCGCCGCCGCCGGACAUUGAGAGCCAGAAGAAGCAGAAGCUAGGAUGGGGCGCGAAGAAACCUUCUGUCACUCCACUGAGUGUUGAGGAGCUGAUACGGAAGAAGAAAGAAGCAGAUGCGGCGACAUCAAAGCCUAAAUUUUUGUCUAAAGCUCAACGAGAGAAGCUUGCGCUGGAGAAACGGGCGCAAGAGGUUGAGGCAGAGCGACAAGCCAAGGCCCGCACCAACGGCAACGGUCUCGCAUCUGCAGCAUCGUCGGUGAGACCCAAUAUCCGGGAGGAAUCAGUGGUCCGUCAUGUACCCACCGGGCCCCGAGCGAUGCGCGACGACCCUGCAACUGGACCUGGUGGUAUGCGGAAGGGAGGCCGACAGCCCAAUCAACGCUAUCGCGACCAGGAUAUGCCGCCACCCCAAUCUAAGACUAAAGGCGAAAAGCGUCUAACCGAAGAAGACGAAGCGGCAGCGCUAGCAGCAUUGACCAAGCACCGAUACAUGGGAGCCGACCAGACAUCUAACUUCUCGGCAAAAAAGAAGCGCAAGCGUACCGCAGACCGAAAAUUCAAUUUCGAGUGGAAUGUCGAGGAAGACACAAGCUUCGGCGAUGAUGUCGCCGAUGAUGUCGCACGCAAAUACGCAGAGGCACUGGCGUCCCGCGAUCACGAAGCUGGUAACGCGCGAGCCCAACAAAUGCUGGAGAUGGAACGCCGGCGUCGCGAGGAGAGUAAGCGCACACAAAUUGACAAGCAUUGGAGCGAGAAGCGCUUGGACCUCAUGCGCGAGCGGGACUGGCGUAUCUUCAAGGAAGAUUUCAACAUUGCCACCAAAGGCGGCAGUGUACCUAAUCCCAUGCGUUCUUGGGAAGAGAGUUCAUUGCCGAAGCGUUUGCUGGAGCUUGUUGAACGAGUCGGGUAUAAGGACCCAACGGCUAUUCAGCGCGCGGCAAUCCCCAUCGCCAUGCAGUCGCGUGAUCUGAUCGGUGUUGCCGUGACAGGUUCCGGUAAAACCGCUGCAUUCCUACUCCCACUUUUGGUCUACAUCUCGGCGUUACCGCGGCUUGACGAGAAUGAGUGGCGCAAAAACGAAGGACCAUACGCUAUUGUUCUAGCACCCACACGUGAAUUGGCGCAGCAGAUCGAGAUCGAAGCUAAAAAAUUUACACAACCCCUUGGAUUUAACGUGGUCAGUAUUGUCGGUGGCCACUCGCUUGAAGAGCAAGCAUUUAGCCUGCGCAAUGGCGCCGAAAUCAUUAUUGCCACCCCUGGUCGUCUGGUCGAUUGUAUCGAGCGUCGCAUGCUAGUGCUCAGCCAGUGUUGCUACGUGAUUAUGGACGAAGCAGAUCGUAUGAUUGAUCUUGGAUUCGAAGAGCCUGUCAACAAGAUCCUGGACGCCCUCCCCGUCACGAACGAAAAGCCCGAUACAGAGGAAGCCGAGAAUUCAAUGGCGAUGAGCCAACACCAGUACCGCCAGACUAUGAUGUACACAGCCACUAUGCCUGCAGCAGUCGAGCGUAUUGCUCGCAAGUACCUCCGUCGACCAGCCAUUAUCACGAUCGGUGGCGUCGGCGAAGCUGUCGACACAGUUGAGCAGCGUGUAGAGAUGAUCUCUGGCGAAGACAAACGCAAGAAGCGCCUCGCAGAAAUCCUCUCCUCGGGAGACUUCCGUCCCCGAUUAUCGUACCAGCGUGAAGCCGCGCUCGCCUCCGUGCGCAACGGCUCGACAGACGUUCUCGUCGCAACCGACCUCGCAGGAAGAGGUAUCGAUGUGCCGGAUGUGUCGUUGGUCGUUAACUUCAACAUGGCCACCUCGAUCGAAAGCUACACUCACCGUAUCGGUCGUACUGGUCGUGCCGGAAAGAGUGGUGUUGCUAUCACAUUCCUGGGCAGCGAAGAUAGCGAUGUUAUGUACGAUCUCAAACAAAUGCUGAUCAAAUCACCAAUCUCGCGUGUUCCCGAGGAACUGCGCAAGCACGAAGCGGCGCAGUCCAAACCCUCGCGCGGUCCUGGCGGGAAGAAGAUCGAGGACAGUUCUGGGUUCGGAGGCAAGGGAGGGUGGGCGUAG